GCACAACUCACACAAAACGCACGCAUAGUCUACCACGGAGAGAAAAAAAUAAUCGACCGAAAUGGCCGACGAGAGCAGCAAGUUCGCCGACGGCCGGGCCAAUUGCAUAAGCAUGCAGGUGCACGCCGGAAGCGUGGAAUACCGGCGGUACUACAUGGCUCGACGCACGCUCCUCGAAAUGCUUAGAGACAGAGGCUACAUGGUGGCUAACAUGGAGGCGGAGCUCCACCGAUCUCUGCCGGACUUCCGAGCUGAGUAUGGAGACAAGCCCGAGCCUAAAAAGCUCAGCCUGAUCGCUGCCUCUGCAACUGACUCUUCCCGAAAGAUACAUGCCAUCUUUUGCGAACCUAUCGAGAUCAGGAAAGCAACAAUGAAUUUCAUCCUGGGCCAGAUUCUGAACAAAGAGCAACUGGACAAAGUGAUCUUGAUCCUGCAAAGCAAGAUGAAUUCUCAUGCUCUAAAGGUUGUGGAAGAGCAUUCGAUAAAAAAUGUUAAAGUUGAGACUUUCCAAAUUACUGAGUUGCUAGUCAACAUCACCAAGCAUAUUCUGAUGCCAAAAAUUGAGAUUCUGAAUUCUGAGGAGAAGGAAAAGCUUUUGAAGAAGCAUAAUAUUCAGGACAAGCAGCUUCCUAUGAUGCUUGAAAAUGAUGCAAUGGCGAGGUACUAUGGAUGUGAGAAAGGACAAGUGGUGAAGGUGACUUAUUCAGAGCUAAGUGAAGAUUGGCAAAGGAUGAAGGCUCAAGAUUUUCAUCUAGUUGAGGAGUUACUAGAAGGCAGAUCCUCCAACUCUAGCUUGUCUGAGGAAGUGGAAUCAGCUUAUGAUCAAUGUGCUUGCCUUUCGCAUGCAUAUUCUUUUGCAUUUUUGUAUGCAUAUUCUUUUCCUCCAACUCUACAGCUUCUUCUCAAGACUUCCAGAGCAUGCAUAUUCUUUCUCAUCGGUUUUGCUAUAGAGCCAUCGGAUGGCUCGGCUUAUGGAGCCAUCCAUAGUUAUCAACAAAUGGUGUAUUGA